GUGAUCGUGUCCCCGACCCAUCAAAUCGGAGCCUCUAUAAAACCAAACGCACUAAAAACCCUUUUCUAUACAGCGAUCGAAGCCCAAAAGACAUGGGUGCAGCCAAUCGUUUCUGGCUCCAUCUCUUCAUCGUCGUCUCCGUCGCGGCCGCCGCCGUCCGAUCCGAUGACGACGAUACCUGUGUGUACAACGUGUACGUCAGAACCGGGUCGAUCUUUAAGGGCGGGACGGACUCGAUCAUCACCUUGACCCUGUACGACGCGGACGGGUGGGGGGUCCGGAUCAGCAACCUGGAGGCGUGGGGCGGGUUAAUGGGUCGGGAUUACAACUACUUCGAGAGGGGAAACUUGGAUAUCUUCAGCGGGCGGGGACCGUGUCUGGCCGGGCCGGUCUGCGCCAUGAACCUGACCUCGGACGGCUCCGGCAAGCACCACGGCUGGUACUGCAACUACGUGGAAGUGACGACGACGGGGCCCCACAUCACCUGCGCUAAGCAGCUCUUCACGGUGGAGCAGUGGCUGGCCACCGACACCUCCCCCUACGAGCUCACCGCCAUAAGGGACGAAUGUGGAUCCUACGGCUUCAAAGCUCGUGAUGAUCACCGGGUUCGCGAGAUCGGCGGUCCCCAUCACGGGCCUGUAGUUUCGGCAAUGUGAAGAUAAAAACUUGUGUGUAAUUUUGAGUGGGCGAACGGCCGAGUUAUGGUUUCGGGAUGUGUGAAAGAGUGGUGCUUAGAGAAGUGUGUUAGGGUUUAGAUGUCAAAAUCACUUGGAUGUUAUCUAUGGUUCGACGUUGAAUAACAAUAACAUGUAAACCCAUUUCCCACCCAAUGGAACCAACGCCUCCCAUUCUCCGUGCAA